AUGGUCCGGGAACUGCAAACCUCACGGGCAGAUGGUGGGAGUUUGGUGGGAGACUUAACGCUGGGCUUUCGUAGGCAGUGCCUUGCGGUCGAAACCAACGGGUGGGCAGUGCCACGGACCCUCCUCUGCCUGGAGAUCUGUUUUGCUGCAGCUGCUCGUAGCAGCGUUGUUCAAGCUGGAGUCUCUAAGGAAGAUGCUGCUAAUGAGGAAAUGGCAGAAAGACUGUCUCUUCGGAAGCAUCGCUUCAUGCAUUUUGCAUCAUUGGAAUAUGAAGGAGAACAUUACAUGACACCAAGAGAUUUCUUGUUUUCAGUAAUGUUUGAUCAGGUUGAACGUAAAACUCCAGCCAGGAAACUCACAAAGAAGGAGGUAGAUGCUGCACUGACAAACAUUACAAAAGCUAAACCUGGACCGACCUUUUUUAGAGAACUUGGUGAUAAAGGUUUGAUCUCAUAUGCAGAGUACCUGUUUUUGUUGACAAUCCUUACAAAACCACAGACUGGAUUUAAGAUUGCUUUUAAAAUGUUGGAUGUAGACGGCAAUGAACAAGUCGAGAAGAAAGAAUUUUUUAAGCUGCAGAGAAUCAUUGGAAAGCAAGAUGAUUUGAAAACAGAUGGAAGUGAGACAAUAUUCCAGGGAGCAGAUUUGGAAGGCUCUGAUGUUAAUACCAUGCUGCUGGUACAUUUCUUCGGAAGAGAAGGAAAGGAAAAGCUUCGCUAUUCGGAGUUUUUCAGAUUCAUGGAAAAUCUGCAAACAGAAGUGCAAGAAAUGGAAUUCAUACAGUUUUCAAAGGGCCUGAACGUCAUGAGGAAAGAAGACUUUGCAGAAUGGUUGCUGUAUUUCACUGACGAGGAAAACAAUGAGAUUUACUGGCAAAAUGUGAAAGACAGAUUUCAUGCAGGCGAGAAUAUCAGUUUGGAGGAAUUCAAGACUUUUUGCAAGUUUACAAACAACCUGGAAGACUUCUCUAUUGCCAUGAAGAUGUUUACUGUAGCUAAUCGUCCUGUUAAACGGGCUGAGUUCAAGCGAGCAGUGAAGGUGGCAACAGGACAGGAGCUCUCAGAUAAUGUUCUGGAUACCAUCUUCAAGAUCUUUGAUCUAGACGGGGAUGAUUGCCUCAGCCAUGGGGAGUUUCUUGGAGUCCUCAAGAACCGAAUUCAUCGAGGUUUGAGGGUACCACAACAGCAAGGCAUUCAAGGUUACUGGAAAUGUGUGAAAAGAGAAAGCAUUAAAGGAGCAAAAGAAGUCUGGAAGCAAACUGGGAAAAGUCCUUUCUAAAACAGUCCUUUGUGCCAUUUCUAUAAAUGUUGUUACUUGGGUGUUUUGUCCGUC